AUGGUGAUCAAAAAUGCAAUCGUUUUACAUAACAAAGAAACAAAUGAACUGUCAGUCCUCAAGACAAUCCCUAAAUUACCAAGAGCGCAAGAUUAUGAUUUUAAAUUUGAUUCUUUUAAACAAUUAGAUCUAGUUGGGAAGAGGUAUAAUGAAGGUGGUUAUAAUUCAUUUAAUUCUAUUCAUGAAUGUCCAAAUUGUGGAUUUAUUUUAGAUCAAGGGAAUGAUCUUGGUAGGGAUCAGGAUGUUGGUAAUGACCAUGCUGAUGGGAUGGGUCAAGGGAUACAUAAUAUGGAUGGAUUUAUACAUUCAAAUUAUUUUAAAUUAUUAGGAAAUGGAAUAAUUCCAUCCCAACCAUUUGAAAUGAAUAAUAAUCAUUUAUCAGAAAGUUUAUUUACACAAGGAUAUUUCCAUAAUUUUUUUAAAGAGAUUGAAUUAUUAGGUAGAGGUGCACGAGGAUCAGUUUAUAAAGUUGAACAUGUAUUAAAUGGUAUUUCAUUAGGAUUUUUCGCAUUGAAAAAAAUCACUAUAGGAGAUGAUUCAAAAUGGUUAUUAAAAGUCUUGAAAGAAGUUACAAUGCUUUGUAAAAUAAGUUUUAAUAAUCAAAAUUUAGUUAAUUAUAAUCAUGUAUGGCUUGAAAUUUCUUCUAUAAAUGAAUUUGGUCCUCAGGUUCCUUGUGCUUUUAUAUUACAACAAUAUUGUUCUGGUGGGAAUUUAGAAGACUUUAUAGUAAAUUUAAAGAACCCCAAGUUGAAUACCCAGGAUUUUAAAAAAUGGAAAUUAAAACAUAAAGGUCAAACAACACCAAAGGGGAGAUUCUUAACUAAUGAAGAAAUUUUAAUAAUUUUUAAUCAAAUUGUUAUUGGUGUUAAUGAAUUACAUAAAAAUCAUAUAAUUCAUAGAGAUUUAAAACCAUCAAAUUGUUUAUUAUCAAAACCUUAUGAAACAAGUUUCAAUAAUCCAAAUGAAGUUGAUAUUUCUAAAGUUCCAACUAUAGUGGUUAGUGAUUUUGGUGAAAGUCAAUUAGAAGGUGAAAAAAGAAAUGCCACUGGAUCAACGGGGACAUUAGAAUAUACAGCACCUGAAAUUUUAAAUGUUAAAGAUGGUAAAGUAUCACAAUUUAAUAAAAAAACUGAUGUUUAUUCAUUAGGUAUGAUUUUAUAUUUUUUAAGUUUUAGUAAAUUACCAUUCAUGUCACAAGAUAUUGAAUUAUUAAAAAAUGAAAUUAUAAAUCAUGAUGUAAUGAAAUUUGAAGAAAGAGACCAGGAAUUAAAGGUUGAAAUCAAAGAAUUAAUUAAAAAAUUAACUUCAAUGGAUCCAGAUGAAAGAUUAUCAACAAAUGAAAUAUUAAAUUUUUUACAAGGUGUUAAUGAAUCUAUUCAUAAUUCAGAAACUGUUUUGGAGAAGGAACUUAUUGAUGAUGAAGAAAUUGAAACAAGAAGAUUAUCAUUAACAGAUGGGAAAGCUCAACCCAUUGAUACUUAUAAUAUACUUAUCAAUAAUAAUUUCAAAAUUUUCAUAAAUUUAAUAAAUUUUGGAAUUGUCAUGAAAUUUAUAACUACCAAAAUUUCACCAUUUUUAUUGGUUCUAAUUGGAAUAUCAAUAAAUUUAGAUAUAAAAUAUACUUAUUAUUUAAGUUUAUUAAUUUUCAUAACAUUAAUAUUAAAUUAUAUAUUAUAA